AGUGUGUAUCCAACAGUGAAGGUGUGAAGACGUUCGCUCGUCGAGAGACAGAACUGUGCAUAUUUUUAGAGGGGGUUCAUCUCCAUAUAAUAUACUUUCAUAGAUACAUGCGCAUGUUUAUAUAAACAAAAAUCAGUGAGAAAUUAACUGGCCAAUCAGAAAAGAGGAAUUUCCAAUUGGAAAGAAAAAAAACAACCAAUCAGAACAGAGCGAGUGAGUGAUGUCAUAGAAACAGAGAACAUACAUCCAAUCAGGAAAGAGAAAAGUGUGUCGUCAUUGAAAUGCAGAACGAUUAUCCAAUCGGAAAUGAGGAUCGGGUGACGUCAUAGAGAGCCAUUGACCAAUUGGAAAAGUGGAGCUGAAAUGGAAAACUGUGGUUGGCUGUUGACGCUGACAUAUUGCCAUGACAUUUUGCCAUAAAUCCUAUAAGAAUUUUUCAAAGAGAAAUUAAGGAAUAACCGACGAAUAUCAAAUUCGAAUGGCGCCCGUUGGAGACGUGACGUCACCGUCAUCCCCCGUGACAUCACGAGACUCGCCCUUGACGUCACCUCCUUCCCCCGUGACAUCACCAUCUUCCCCCGUGACGUCACCAUCUUCCCCCGUGACGUCACCAUCUUCCCCAAUGACGUCACGCGACUCGCCCGUGACGUCACCCUCCUCGUUCGUUGCCGGGGAUGAUGACGUAAUAAUAGGCAACGCUAGCAAUGGCAAUAAAGACCUUGUCGCGCUUCUAAGGGAAAAGUUGGCUCUUCUGGAGAGGGACAAUGCUUAUCUAAGGCGGAGGCUGCAGAAGGCAGAAUCUCCCUUAAUGGAAGAGAGAGGAAGAGAGAGAGUGGAGGAGAAUAAAGGAGAGAGAGACAAAGAGAAAAAAGGAGAGAUGGGAGAGAGAGACAAAGAGAAGAAAGAAGAGAUGAGAGAAAGAGACAAAGAGAAGAUAGAAGAGAUGGACAGAGAAGACAGAGAAGUGAAGAGAAAGGAGGAGAAAGGAGGGGAGGAAGAGAAGGAGAAGAGAGAAGAAAGAAAGGAGAAACAGAAGGAAAAGAGAGACGAAAGAGGGGAGGAAGAGGAACCGAAAAUGACCCACAGGUCAAGGGAGGCCGACCUGAGUCACCUGCUCGACCUCUGCCAACGGAAACUCGAAGUUUUGGAGAGAGAGAAUGCUGAUCUCAAAGAGCAGUGCCGGGCGUCAGAAAGGGAGAAAGUUCAGUUAAGAUCGAACAUCAGGAAGGUCAGUGCUAACUGGUUCGAGCGGAAAGCCCGAACUGAGAGUGAAGGAGGAGGAGAGAGAGGUGGGAGAGCAGGAGGAGAAGCAAGAGAGAGAGAAGGUGAAAGAGAUGGAGGAGGAGAAGGAGAAGGAAGAGAGAGAGGUGAAGGAGGAGGUGGAGAAGCGAAGGGGGGAGAAGCGGAGAUGAAGCGAAGAGAGGAUGAAGGGAUAAAGGAUAAAGGAAGAGAGAGAGGAGAAGGAGGAGGGAAAGGAGGAGGAGACAAGGAGGUCCCCCUCGCCGCCAGAGAACAGGAGGAGAACGAACACACCCAAAAAGCGAAAGAGGAGGAGGGAGGAGGACGUGGAGGAGAAGGGGAGAGCAGACGAGCCAACGAAGAAACCGAAGGAGGAAGAGCAGAAGAAGAAGGAGACGAAGACGAUGACGAAGACAGACAAGCCAUCAUCCGCAAGCUGCAGGACAUCCCGAGGCUCCUGACGGAGGUGUCCUUCCAGGCCUACAAGCUGGAGAUCACGGAGAGGAUGUGCCGCGAGCUGAGGAAGAGGGUCAGGGACUACGAGACGGUGAUUGACGAGCAGGAGGUGGUCAUCCACGGGCUCAAGGACCAGCUCCAGACCUACUUCUCCGACAACCAGCAGAUGGCGCAGCAACUGACGUCCUUCUCGAGGAUCUUCGAGGACUUGGAGGUCUCGGAGAGGACGACGACGGGGGGCGUGAGUGGCAGCUUGGAGGAGGAGGAGGAGGAGAAGGACAAGGAGGAGGAGGAGAAGGAGGAGGAGGAGAAGGGAGGCGAGGGUCUCUACAGCCUGCCUACCGCGGACGACCUGCGCCAGAUGUCGUCGAGCGUGAGCCGGACGUACAUCAAGCUGCGCGACCUGAUCUACGAGAAGAAGUCCCUCGUCACCGAGAUCGACCGCCUGAAGGUGCUCAACCUCGAGCUCCGGCGGAGGGUCGAGCAGCAGGAGUCCCGCCUCGAGGGGGUCACGGACGCCCUCCACUCGACUUGGCUCCUGGUCUCCAACAUGAAGGAGGAGCACGCCCGGCUCCACACCUCCGAGUCCAUCCUCCGCUACGAGCUCAAGGGCAAGCGCGAGCUCCUGCAGCACCUCAAGGAGGAGCUCGAGUGCUCGCGGGACCAGUGGCACCGCAUCCGCCAGAUGAACUCGGAGAGCGAGGGCGAGUGGGCGAGCAUGAAGGAGGAGCUGAACGCGCGGAGGAGGAGGAGGGGGGAAGCAGAAGGAGAAGGAGAAGGAGGAGAAGGAGGAGCAGAAGGAGGAGGAGGGGGGGGGAUCCCAAGCCCUCCCCUUCCCUUGCCUCCCUCCUCGGCCAAGUUCGAACCGCCGGUCGACCUCCUCCUCGACAUGGCACUCGAGUACGGGGUCGUCGACGCCGAGGACGACUUAGCCACGAGCAUCGUGGCCGCCAUGGAGGGCGAGGACAUGCACGCCUCGAGGCUGAGGGAGCUCGAGGACCAGUGCUCGUACUUGUACCACAAGCUGAUGUCCUCGACGUCCCGCUCCCUCGCCCUCGCGUCGAGGCUGUCCGCGCUCCACCAGCAGUACGGCGACGAGGAGGACGAGGAGGACUAUGACGAGGACGAGGACGAGGAUGAUGGGGAUAUUUAUUACGAAGAGGAGGAGGAGGAGGAGGAGGAGGAGGAAGAGGGAGAAGGUGGUGGAGUAGGAGGAGCAGAAGGAGGAUAUUCUUUCCUCGGGUCUCCUCAUUCGGGCGUCGCGUCUCCAACACAACUCCUCCCCAGUCACACCACCUCCUCUCCUUCCCCCUCCUCCUCCAACGCCCCUGCCACCUCCUCUCCCACCUCCAACCCUCUCCCCAACACCCCCCCUCCCUCCCUCCCCAACACCUCUCCUUCCCUCCCCCUCCCCAACGCCACCCUCCCCAACACCCCCCCCUCCCUCUCCCUCCCUCUCUCCCUCACCCCCCCGCAGGAGGACGACCUGAGCAAGCGCCUGAUCAACUUCCUGCCACGGAAGAUCGAGAUCCUGCGCCGCGAAAACGAGAAACUUGAGGAAAAAGUCAAGUCUCUGCUCGACGAAAGGGAGAGGAGGGAAGGCGAGAAGGAAGAGGAGGAAGAGGAGAGGAGGAGGGAGGAGGAGGAGCGGGAGAGGAGGCGAGGGGAAGAGAGGGAGACGAGGAGGAAGGAGGUGGAGCAGCUGAGGAUGGAACUGGAGACGGAGAGGAGAAUAAGGAAGCAGCAGGAGGAAAAACUGGAACAUUUGGGGAAAUGCGUCGACGAACUCAAGCUGGAGAGGAACGGACAGAUCAUCGAGGCGGAGGAGAAACUCAAGCAAAAGGUGGAAUCGCUGAGUCAAAGAGAAAAGGAAUAUUCAAACCUGAAAGAAGAUCUGGAAUCACUUCGAGAGAAAUACGAGGAGAGAGGAAACAUUCUCAGGAUUGCGAAUGAGAGGGUGGGACAGCUGGAAAAUUGUGAGAAAGUGUCACAAAAUAAAUUGCAUUUGGCAACUGUACAGGCAGCCGAAUUGAAGAAAGCUCACGAUGAACUGAACAGGGAAUAUGACCAACUGAAGAAAGAAGUAAUUAGGAUUAAAGAAGAAAUGAGGAAAAUGAGAGAAGAGAUGGAGCGGAAUAAGGCAGAGAGGGAAGAAGAACAGGAGGGCUGGCGACAGCAGAGCGAGGCUCUUGCGGAAGCUACAUCUCACAUCUCGAGCCUCGAGGGCGACCGAAGGAGGCUGGAGGUGGCACUCGAGGAGAGAGAGGAAGAGGAGGAGGAGAGGCAACGGAAGGAACAAACAGGAGAUGAGAAAAAAAAUGAAGAAGAAGAUGAAGAUUUGAGGGAAAAAGUUAUUCAGUUAUUAAGCCGGCGCGAGCGUGCGUGUGACGAAUGCUUAUCCAUUCGUGAGGAAUUGGCUUCGUUCGUGACCUCGUCUUCUCUGCUGUCGACGAGGAGGACGGAGGGAGAGGCAGAUACAAAAAUCCGCCCAAAAGAACAUGGGAAGAAGAGCAAAACAAAGAAUCAAGACAAAGGAGAAGAAAAAGAAGAUGAAGAUGAAGAAGAAAGAGAGGAAGAAGAAGAAGAGCAAAUCGACGAGGAUGAGGGAAAAAUACGAAAUUCCUGUUCGAUUCCAGGUAGUAGCGGCGGCGGGAGUGAGGCUUCUCCCGAGUACAGAUCCUCAAGCGCCGUACUCUCCAUGGAAAGUCUUCGGGAAAAGCCUCUGGUUGACUCUCAGAUUUGGGUGAAUGCUGGCUAUAAACAUUUCAUUCCUCUCAGCCUUCCUUCUGGGGUUACCCUUCGCUGGUGCUUCACGGCCGAGCCUAAGAGCGUGUUCUUUGCCGUCCUUCACCAACGCGACGUCGAGAAGCAACUUCUUGGAGAGAAUAAAGCGAAGGAAGAAGUGGAGAGAGACCAACAACCUCCCUCGUCCUCCAUCCUUCCCUCACUCGGCCUUGUGGCUCCAUCCACCCACACCUCCUCCUCCUCCUCCUCUUUUUCUUCUUCCUCCUCCUCUUCUUCUUCCUCUUCCUCCUCCUCCACCUCCUCCACCUCCUCCUCCACUUUCCACCCCAUCACUUCCAAUGUGAAUCCCACCUCCACCCAAACAUCCUCCCUCUCCUCUUCUUCUUCCUCCCCCUCCUCCUCCUCCUCUCCUUCUUCCUUCUCCCCCUCCUCCUCAUCUCCUUCUUCUUUCUCCCCCUCCACGCCUUUUUCUUCUUCCUCCUCCUCCUCCUCCACCACCACCAUCACCACCACCGCCACCACCCGCGUGGCCUCGGCGCAGGGAGCAGCCAUAAAGGGGAGACUCACCACCAAGCAACCCGGAAUAUACACUUUUCUCUUCGAUAACUCUUCUGCCAGGUACACAGCAAAGAAAAUAACGUUUUCACUCGAAAUUGAAGCGAAGAUGGAAACAGUAGACGAGGAGGAAAUUCCGGACGAAUGAAGAGGAAGAAGAAGGAGAAAGAGAGAAAGAGAGAGACGGACAGAGAGAGAGAGAGUGUUAAAGAGAAGAGUGAAACUGGAAAUAUACAGAAGACUGAAUAAAGUUAAUUAUAAAGACAGAUUAUAUUUUGAAAGCGAAAUGAUAUUUUAAAUAUAUUAUUGUUUUGCAUUAUAAUAUUAGUUGUACAU